AUGCGACAACGCAAACUCUACUCCCAACCGCGUACGCUGAAGGCUUCAACCCAACAAAUCCUCAACUACGAUACGCAGCCGUUAUAUUGUAGGACUGGUAAAGAUUUAUCAACGGUGAAACGUUUUAAAAAAACGAUUUUAUGUAUGGGUUACGACGUAUCAUCCGUGUGCCAUUUGUCGCGACCGAUGUCGCGAGAAAAACAAGUAGCUAAAAAAUACAAAAAAAUGUUUGUCUGA